AUCAACAUUGUAUCACACAAAAAGAAAACCCAAUAUACUUUAUCUCAUAUUUUUUUUCUCACCCCAAAAAAGAAAAACACUAUGGUUUUGUCUAGUGAGGAAGAAUCAAGCUUGGUCUACAACCACAAGCUUUCCUCAGUUGGGCCGAGCUAUGCAAUUGGGUCCAACGAGGCCCAUAAUGUAAGUGGGCUGGACUUGGCCAUGAAGCUUCAUUAUCUCAAAGUAGUUUACUUCUUUAAUGGCCAAGCUAUUGAAGGGUUAACCAAUAUGAAGAUUAAGGAGACAUUGUUCUACUUUCUGGCUGAGUAUUUUCACACGUGUGGCCGGUUCAGGAGAUCAGAAUUGGGCCGACCAUUUCUCAAGUGUAACGAUUGUGGGGCCCGGUUUAUUGAGGCCCAAUGUGAUAAGACCAUUGAUGAGUGGCUUGAGAUGGACAAUAAGGCCCAUAUGAAUAAGCUUCUUGUUUCUCAGCAAGUUAUUGGGCCUGAACUCUCCUUCUCUCCACUAGUUUUUUUUCAGGUAACAAAUUUCAGAUGUGGAGGAAUGUCAUUGGGCCUUAGUUGGGCCCAUAUCCUAGGCGACGCAUUUUCAGCUUCAGACUACAUAAACAGAUGGGCCCAAAUCGUUAGUCUUGUUCUAUCCAACGACCGAAAAACAACAAUGACAAAAGCCCAAAACCGAAAGCACCAUGAAAUCACUCCCAACCCAGGCCCAAUACCCACCAGAAACUUACCCGUAUCCCUAAAACGGGUCGACCCGGUUGCUGAUCAUUGGAUAGCAAAAAACGACACCAAAAUGGAAACAUUUUCAUUCCCAAUUUCUCAUUCCCAAAUUACCCUUCUAAAGUCACAAUUUUCUACUCCAAUUUUCGAGUCACUUUGUGCCAUAAUUUGGAAAUCCAUAGCCAAAAUCAGAAAAGAAUCAAAUCCAAAAACAGUCACAAUUUUCAAAAACAACCCCAAAAGAACCAAAGGGGUUUUGGCCAAUAGCCAAAUAAUAAGCUCAGUUGAAGUUGAUUUUUCAGUAGUGGAGACAGAAACAAAGAUUUUGGCUUCAUUACUAAGUGAAAAAACCACAAUAGAAAAUACCCAAAUAAAUGAAAUUGUUGAAAAUGAUCAAGGGGUAUCUGAUUUUGUCGUUUAUGGGGCAAAUUUGUCGUUUUUAGAUUGGCAAGAGGUUGAUUUAUAUGGGUUGGAAUUGCAAAGUUACAAGCCAAAUUUUGUGUCGUUUGAUGUUCAAGGUGUUGGGGAAAACGGUGUCGUUUUGUUGGCCCCGGGACCUAAAUAUAUUGAUGAGUUUGGAGGAAUUGAAGAAAUGUUGAUGAUGAGUUUGAUUUUGCCACAAAAUGAAGUUUGUGAGAUGAAAUUUGAGUUGAAGAAAAAUGGUUUAGUGAGUGAAUAGAAAAGUGUGCACUAAAUAUUUAUUAGUGGUUGUGAAUUCAAAAAUAAAAUAU